AUGCUCUUUGAUUAUUUGUGUUCUGCACUUGAUUUCCUACCCGCAUGCUUUAAGGUUGCGGACCCAGUCAAGCAGGGCGAGGGCGUGGCGGCAUAUGUGUCGUACAAGGUCCGCACGAAAACGACACACGUAAACUACGAUGCUCCUUUCAACGAGGUCACGCGCCGUUUCCGGGACUUCGCCUGGCUGCAUGACAAGCUGGUAGAGAAGAAUAAGGGGCACAUUGUACCGCCUCUGCCAGAGAAAUCUGCCGUCCAAAAGUACCAGAUGGCCACGGACUUCAUCGAACAGCGGAGGCGAGCUCUGCAGGUCUUUCUGAACCGCGUGGCUAGCCAUCCCAUCCUAAAGGACAGUCGGGAACUGCAGACCUUCCUGCAGGCCAACGACGAACAGUGGAUGCUAGAGACUGCCAAGUGGCAGGCAGAGACCAGCGCGCAGCACCGGCCUGUCUCGGCCGCUGCGCAAUGGUUCAAGAGCCUGCAGCACUCGGCGCAGAGCCUGGUGUCCGGCAGGGCGGAUGAUAUGCAGGAGGAUGCCGAGUACAUAAAGAUCCGCGACUAUGUGAAUAGUCUGGAGAACCACCUGACGGAGGCGCAUAGACAGGCCGGGCGACUGCUCCGUAAGGAGGCGGACCUGGGCUCAGCUCUGGCGGAGUUCGCCGCAGCUGCAGAGCAACUGGGAAAACAGGACAGCGAAGGGCCCAUGCGUGUGGCGUUCGGCUGCCUCUUCACACGCGCCAACGAGGUAGCGGCGCUAUCGCGGGCGAGGUCGGAGGCCAUUGCCGUUGAGUUCGCGGCGCCACUGAAGGAGUUUGCACGCACCAUCAAGUCCGUCCAGGUUGCCAUGGCUGACCGAGCCGCGGCGUUGUCCACAUAUUCGCAGGCAAAAAGCGACCUGGACAGCAAGAAGGUGCGCUUGGCUAAGCUUCGUGGCACUCCCGGUCUCAAGGAGGACAAACUUGCUGAGACGGAGCGCGACGUGAAUGAAGCCGACCAACGGCUGCGUAACGCCAAACUCGGGUACGAGACCAUUCGUGAUACAAUGCGUGAGGAGCUGAACCGUUUCCAGAAAGAGCGCGCCGCUGAGAUGUCGGCUGUGCUACGCGAUUUCGCACUUGCGCAAGCGCAUCACACGGCAGAGCAGGCAAAAGCUUGGGGCGAGCUGUUGCGUGAUUUGCAACAUGCGGCGGUCGGGGGUUCGUGA